CGUUAUAGAAAUUAACUGUUUUCAUUCUAUCUGAACAAGUAUAACUGGCAACAGGAAAAUUUAUGCAAUAUUUCUCUGCAGAAUUGUGCAGUACUUGGAGUAUACAAAACAUUCUCUGAAAAUGGCGAAUAGGGCGUUUUCUUCUAGCUCAUGCAGCCUCAAAGCUGCCUCUGUGAUUUUACUUGCAGUUUUAAUUCUUCAUAUAAUUGGAUUUUCUUUACCUAGAUGGGUUACUGUGGAGUUUAACAUCUCCCGAUAUGAGACAGUAAGAACAGGGGGUGGCUAUCAUGCCGGUCUCUGGCAACACUGUAGCUGUGCUAGCGUGCUCGAUGUAUGUCUGUGUUUCUCAAGAACAAAUGAUCCAGCAUGGUUUAAGAUGGUGCAAGUUGCUGAAACUCUCGGACUUAUUGGUUUGAUCAUCUCUGUGUUCUUGUCUCUGGCUCUGAUGUGCUACAAACAGAACAAGAACUACAAAAUCACCAACCUGAUAAUUAUGCUCAUCUCAGGUGCACUGCUGUUAAUUGGAGUGAUCGUGUUUGGAAUUAAAACAAAGGAAGGUCUAAAAGAAUUAAAAAAUUAUCCGGGCGCUGUCGAAUUCAAAGAAGGUUAUGGAGAGCUUACUUAUGCUUUUGUUCUCUGUACUGUUGCUGGAUGCAUUUGCAUAGUCGUGUGUGCGCCUCUCUUCCUGCGCGACAUGUACACUAACACUUCAGAGACCUCUCAUGACGCUUCCGUACAUUACACAGCUCAGUCUCCUCCGCAAGGUUAUGUGCAAGGCGAUCAGCAACCAGUUCAAAAUGUGCCUACACACCCACAAGCGCAGUACGGGCCUCCGCUAGGAUAUGCGCAAUAUUAUCAGCAGGAUAAUAGUGGAAUACCAUACAAGGCGUAGCCAGAUAGUAUUUAACUUCAGCUUCAAUGUUUGCAUUCAGAUAGUAUUUAACAUUCAGCUUCAAUGUUUGCAUUCAGACAGUAUUAAACAUUCAGCUUCAAUGUUUGCAUUCAGACAGUAUUUAACAUUCAGCUUCAAUGUUUGCAUUCAGACAGUAUUAAACAUUCAGCUUCAAUGUUUGCAUUCAGAUAGUAUUUAACAUUCAGCUUCAAUGUUUGCAUUCAGAUAGUAUUAAACAUUCAGCUUCAAUGUUUGCAUUCAGACAGUAUUAAACAUUCAGCUUCAAUAAUUGCAUUCAGAUAGACGUAUUAACAUUCAGCUUCAAUGUUUGCAUUUAUAAACUUAUUAACAUGUAUCGUCUAAACAGAAAAUUCGGGGAAAAUGUUAGAAACGCUGAAGUUUAGAAAAAGUUCAAUACGAGAUGUGUAUGGCAGUAUGCUGCGCAAAACAAGGCCACAUCACCUCUCUCAUUAAUAUUUUUCUUUUUGACAGAGAGGUGGAUAUCUAUGUAUGAAAAGUUUAUUGAUGGAACUCAGAACUUUCACUGUUUCAUUUGUUUUAACAAAAUAUUAUAUGAAAAAGCUACAGGUAGGAGCGACUCCGCGAAAUAAAAGAAUGUUUUCCAAAUUAUAAAUUGAACGUAAUUUUUGCUUUACAUGAAACAUAUUAUAAUGAAGUAAACGUCUUAAGAGGUGCUUCUUAUAUACAUAAUAAAUAUAUAUUGUUGAAAACUGGCCGAUCAUGUUUAUCUAGUGUAAUGUUUAUCAAGUCGAAACGUUUCCGGAAAACUUCUCCCUAUAUUAGUUUAAACUAGACGAUGCUUUUGUAGAAAAGCGCAUGUCUCCCCAGUGCAUAAUCGUGUAGGCAAGAAGUCAAUAGGGGACAGGAGCGAAAUUCAAAGAGACACUGAUGGUUGUCUACAAUAGGGAUAAUCUACUUGGGAUGUCAAAUCAUCCCACUAAGUUUCAACAUUCUGGGCCUAGUAGUUCUCAAAUUAUGAACUGGAAACGGUUUUACAUGUUCAGGCCCCUUUGACCUUGACCUUUGAUCAAAUGACCCCAAAAUAAGUAGGUGUCAUUUACUCCGCAUGUCCAAUCAUCCUAUUAAGUUUCAAC